AUGAAAGUUAACAUAGUUCUUAGUAUUGUUGCAAUAUUUUGUACUUUUGCUGCAUCUGAAGAUGCAGCUCGUAAUCCACGACAAGCCGGACGAUUUGGGCCAAGUUAUGGAGGAAGUUCGGGUCCAAAUUAUGGACCUGGACCGUCAUCAGGUGGCAGACCCGGUGGCAGUCAAAGUAUAAAUCCUAGCUUGGGACCCAGUAAUCGACCAACAUUGACAUCAGGAUAUAGUUUUGGUGGACCAGGACCCGGAGGCCCAAGUGGUCGACCAUUGGGCGGAUCUGUUUAUGGUGUUAGUAGCAGUGGAGGUAGACCAAGCUUGCAAAGUGGACCGGGACCACGUCCUGGAACCGUAUACAGAGGACAACCAGUAAGUUCUGGAAGACCUGGCAACAGUUACAAAGGCUAA